UCCAGGCAGCCUUGCUACCUGGCAGACUUCAGACAAGUUCCUUUUUCUGUUUGGGCCACAUUUCCUCAUCUGUAAAAUGGACACUGUAGCUAUGUCUGCUGUAUCACACUUGAUAGAAUUGGAUGCUGUGGUGGCAUUUGGGAGACUAUCAUGGUGCCUGAGGUGGGUGGGUGCCCAGGCCUAUGGGCUUCUGUCUUUCAUCAAAGAACCUCAGAUCCUGGAAAAUUAAGAUUCACAGAACCUAACUGUUGGAAAGGGCUUUUGAACCCACUUUGGUGGCCUCUUCAUGCCUCCAGGGCUCAUGAGAUAGGCUGACUUCAUAUGAAAGUUUUGAGGAUGAGGUCUCUCUCUUCAGAUACUGACCCUCUCUCUCCUUAUUUCCUUGGUGCCCAGAAUGUGGCUUUGGUUGUAUUGAAUGAAUGAAUAUAAAUUCAAAAGUGUGAUCUGAGCCACCUAAGGCCUUCUUUGGGUUCUGCUCCGCUUGAGGGCAUCAGCUAAAGGCCACUGGCUGCAUUUUCCAGGAGGAGUUUUCCACUUUGGGAGGCUGAAGAACUGUAUCUAUAUAGGAAUAGGGAUGAAAGCUAAGUCAUUGUAGGCUGAGAGGAAGGGAAUAAGAGUCUGUUAAAGACCAGCUAGGGCUGACAAACUGAAGCAACUGGGGGCAGAGGGACUGAGAAUGAGGCCCUGAGCUAGCACCUUGUGGGGAGUGCCUCUGGGAGGAGCUGUGUAUUGACAUUCAGGAUCAAAUUCUGCUCCACACCUUGCAUUCUUCAGAGUCUCUGCAUAGGGGAGGUGAAAAAUCUGAGUAGUUCCGGCAUCUCCUUGGAAGUCCCUGGGGACUUAGAGACAGACACUGGCAUCUGGGAGGAGGUUAAUUACUGUUUGCCAGUCUUCUGUUCUUCCCCCGAGCUGGAGCAGUUGGGCAACUGCUGGCUGGCUGUGUAUAUGCCUAUGUGUGCACCUGGCUGGUACUAUUUCUUUGUUGGACUCUGAUCUAAAGCCUUGGACAGGUACAGUUGGUGGCCUUGAAUCACAGACUGGGACACGCUUCUUCCCCUGAGCCUGUGUUUCCCUGCAGUCGUAUCUGGAAUUUUUUUUAUUUUUUUGAGAUAAGGUCUUACUUUGUCACCCAGGCUAGAGUGAAGUGGCACAAUCUCGGCUCACUGCAACCUCAACCUCCUGGGCUCAAGUGACUCUCCCAUCUCAGCUCCCCCCACCCCAAGUAACUGGGACUACAGGAGAGCAGGACUUUUCCAGUUCCGUCCCCGUCUCUUCAGCCCAAACGCCGCCAUGUGUGAUACGGGGAGGCCUCGUUUACCCUGUGAUCCUGGAAAGCUUCCUGACCCUCUCAAGAGCAGGUUGAGAUGAGCUCCGUCAGAUGGCCGCACAGCCCGCUCCUUUCUUAGCAGGCCACUAAUGCUCCAGAACCCUCAGGAGAAGAGCCAGGCCUACCCCCGCCACCGCCGGCCUGGCCGCUACGCAGAUCCUCAGAAUCCGGAGGCCAUCGCAGCUGCAGCUAUGUACACCUUUCUGCCCGACAACUUCUCGCCUGCCAAACCCAAGCCUUCCAAAGAGCUGAAGCCACUGCUGGGCUCCGCGGUCCUGGGGCUGCUGCUAGUGCUGGCCGCCGUGGUGGCCUGGUGCUACUACAGCGUCUCCCUACGCAAGGCGGAGCGACUUCGCGCAGAGCUGCUGGACCUCAACGCUGGCGGCUUCUCCAUCCGCAACCAGAGGGGAGAGCAAGUCUUCCGCCUGGCCUUCCGCUCCGGCGCGCUGGACCUCGAUUCCUGCAGCCGCGACGGCGCUCUGCUGGGCUGCUCGCUCACGGCCGACGGGCGGCCUCUGAACUUCUUCAUCCAGACGGUGCGGCCCAAAGACACGGUCAUGUGUUACCGCGUGCGCUGGGAGGAGGCGGUACAGGGCAGGGCGGUCGAGCACACCAUGUUCCUGGGCGACGUGGCGGCCCACUGGUAUGGUGGCGCUGAGAUGAGGACGCAACACUGGCCCAUCCGCCUGGACGGCCAGCAGGAGCCCCAGCCCUUCGUCACCAGCGAUGUCUACUCUUCCGACGCCGCGUUUGGGGGCAUCCUUGAGCGCUACUGGCUAUCUUCACGCGCGGCCGCCAUCAAAGUCAACGACUCAGUGCCCUUCCACCUGGGCUGGAACGGCACAGAGCGCUCGCUGCGGCUGCAGGCACGCUACCACGACACGCCCUACAAGCCUGCGGCCGGCCGCGCCGCAGCGCCGGAGCUGAGCUACCGAGUGUGCGUGGGCUCGGACGUCACCUCCAUCCACAAGUACAUGGUGCGCCGCUACUUCAACAAGCCUUCGAGGGUGCCAGCGCCCGAGGCCUUCCGAGACCCCAUUUGGUCCACGUGGGCGCUGUACGGGCGCGCCGUGGACCAGGAGAAGGUGCUGCAUUUUGCACAACAGAUUCGCCAGCACCGCUUCAACAGCAGCCACCUGGAAAUCGACGACAUGUACACACCCGCUUAUGGCGACUUCGACUUUGACGAGGUCAAAUUCCCCAAUGCCAGCGACAUGUUCCGCCGCCUGCGCGACUCUGGCUUCCGCGUCACGCUCUGGGUGCACCCGUUUGUCAACUACAACUCGUCGCGCUUUGGCGAGGGCGUGGAGCGCGAGCUGUUCGUGCGCGAACCCACGGGCCGGCUGCCCGCGCUGGUGCGCUGGUGGAAUGGCAUCGGAGCCGUGCUCGACUUCACGAACCCGAAAGCCCGCGACUGGUUCCAGGGACACCUGCGGCGGCUGCGGUCUCGCUACUCCGUGGUUUCCUUCAAGUUCGACGCGGGCGAGGUCAGCUACCUGCCGCGGGACUUCAGCACCUACCGGCCGCUGCCGGACCCCAGCGUCUGGAGCCGGCGCUACACUGAGAUGGCGCUGCCCUUCUUCUCGCUGGCGGAGGUGCGCGUGGGCUACCAGUCACAGAACAUCUCCUGCUUCUUCCGCCUGGUAGAUCGCGAUUCGGUAUGGGGCUACGACCUGGGGCUGCGCUCGCUCAUCCCGGCGGUGCUCACUGUCAGCAUGCUGGGCUACCCAUUCAUCCUACCCGAUAUGGUGGGCGGCAACGCCGUGCCCGAGCGCACAGCCGGCGGCGACGUGCCCGAGCGCGAGCUCUACAUUCGCUGGCUAGAAGUGGCCGCCUUCAUGCCCGCGAUGCAGUUCUCUAUCCCGCCCUGGCGCUACGACGCGGAAGUGGUGGCCAUCGCGCAGAAGUUCGCAGCCCUACGGGCCUCGCUUGUGGCGCCGCUGUUGCUUGAGCUGGCGGGCGAGGUCACCGACACGGGUGACCCCAUCGUGCGCCCCCUUUGGUGGAUAGCGCCCGGCGACGAGACAGCUCACCGCAUUGACUCGCAGUUCCUUAUUGGGGACACCCUGCUUGUGGCGCCGGUGCUGGAGCCGGGCAAACAGGAGCGCGAUGUCUAUUUGCCCGCAGGCAAGUGGCGCAGCUACAAGGGCGAGCUUUUCGACAAGACGCCGGUGCUGCUCACCGAUUACCCGGUCGACCUGGAUGAGGUCGCCUACUUUACUUGGGCGUCCUGACCCAGCCCAGGGCCCGGGAACCACACAUCCCCCAGCCUUCAUGCAGACCUCGAACCCUCCAUCGCACCCGCACUGUGUACUCCUAGGAACUUCCACCUUUAUACCACCCAUUAAGUGGCUGCCGACCUAAAUGUGAUGGAACCAGCUUCUGAAGGUGGGGUCUGGGGAGGGGGCACUGAAGCAAUCUCCUGCUGCAACACACAAUCCUGACUGUGCCCUGCCCCCCCCCCCGCCCCCACCACCACUACACUCACACCGGUCUGCAGAAGCCUCUUGCCUGGGGUGGGAGCCAGAGAGCUUAGAGGAAAAAGGUCAGCUCUCUUCCUGUUACACAUGGUUGGGAUUUAAAAGCACAAAGAGAAACCUCUCCAUCCUGGCCUUGGUGGCCGUCUUUGUCCAUCUGAGGUGGGGACUUGAUCUUAUUUAAGGUCCCCAAAUAGCCCUCACCACACUUAGAAAGUAUGCUUUCUUAGUGUUGGAAGCCAGGCCCUUAGUUCCCAACACUCACCUGAACUGUGGCUGAUUUGGUCCCAGCCCAGCUGGAGAGAAGGUGUUGGCUAACUGACAAGGAGGCAAGAGGUCCCCUCCCAGGGAACAGGAGGACUAGGCUUAGCACAGAGCCAUCAUCAUGUUCCCUAUUUAUGAAGAGAGUCCUAAUACUGCACUAAUCCAUUUGUGUACAAAUAUAGGCUCAGCCCUGGGCCAGAUGUGCCUGAUGGAACAGACUUGCAGAUCCAUGCAGGCCAGACUUCGUGCCUUAACCGUGUGUGUGUGUGUGUGUGUGUGUGUGUGAGAGAGAGAGAGAGAGAGAGAGAGAGAGAGAGAGAGAGAGAGAGAGAAAUUAGCAUCGUGAGUCCCUGAUCUAUGAAAUGAACACAACCUCUCUGAGGCUGGUUUAAUCUGGAGGAAGGAGGCAUGGAGCAAAUCUGAGGUUCCAAUUGCUGAGUCAGGCUCCUCCCAGGCGGUUUCCCUGGGACUCUGGUAGGAAAUAAAUAGCCUUUUCAGAAUUCCUCAGCUGCCUCACUCCCUGCACAUGUGCUUGGGGUGUGGUCUAGAAGGGAGUGAUGUGCUUAUUCUGGUGAUCUGUGCUGCUUCUGAACACAAGGUACAUGCACACACUGAUAACUACCAAUAAACAGACAGGGGACGGUCUUUCAUGUCAGCCAUUUUCUCUUUCUUAUUUUUUUUGAGAUGGAGUCUUGCUCUGUCACACAGGCUGGAGUGCAAUGGUGCAAUCUUGGCUUGCUGCAACCUCUGCCUCCCAGAUUCAAGCGAUUCUCCAGCCUCAGCUUCCCAAAUAGCUGGAAUUAUAGGCACAUAUCACUACGCCUGGCUGUUUGUUUGUUUUGAGACAAGAGUCUUGCUCUGGCACCAAGCACUAGACUGGAAUGCAGUGGCACAAUCUUGGCUCACUGCAACCUCCACCUCCUGGGUUCAAGCCAUUCUCCUGCCUCAGCCUCCUGAGUAGCUGGGGCUACAGGCAUCUGCCACCAUGGCCAGCCAAUUUCUUGUAUUUUAGUAGAGACAGGGUUUCACCAUGUUGGCCAGGAUGGUCUCGAUCUCUUGACCUCAUGAUCCACCCACCUCGGCCUCCCAAAGUGCUCAGAUUACAGGCAUGAGCCACCGUGCCAGCCAUUUUCUCUUUCUGAGAAGAGCAACCUCAGCGGAGUGAGUUUUUUCUGACUUUGCAGCUCAGUCUGGAGAAAAGUGGCAUGCCAGAGCAGGUAGGUGGGAAACAGGGUGGACUUCAGCUUCCAUCAACAGCUCUGGUAGCAGAACCAAUCCCCCAACCCCUAGAGAAUGUAUCCUUUUGCCACCUGAUAUGGUUUGGCUUUGUCACCACCUAAAACUCAUCUUGAAUUAUAGCUCCCAUAAUUGCCAUAUGUUAUGGGAAGGAUCUGGUGGGAGAUAAUUGAAUCAUGGGGGCAGUUUCCACCAUACUGUUCUGGUGGUAGUGAAUAGGUCUCAUGAGAUCUGAUGAUCUUACAAAGGGUUUCCCCUUUCACUUGGCUAUCAUUUUCUAUUGCCUUCCACCAUGUAAGAUGUGCCUUUCCACCAUGAUUAUGAGGUCUCCCCAGCCAAGUGGAACUGUGAGUUCAUUAAACCUCUUUUUCCUUAUAAGUUACCCAGUCUUGGUUAUGUCUUUAUCAGCAGUGUGAAAAUGAACUAACACAGUAAAUUUGGUACCAAUAGAGUGGGUUGCUGCUGUAAAUAACCAAAAAUGUGGAAUAAACUUUGAAACUGGGUAACAGGCAGAGGUUGGAACAGUUUGGAGGGAUUGGAAGACAGGAAAAUGUGGGAACGUUUGGAAUUUCCUAGAGACUUGUUAAAUGGCUUUGACCAAAAUGCUGAUAAUGAUAUGGACAAUGAAAUCCAGGCUGAGGCGGUCUCAGAUGGAGAUGAGGAACUUGUUGAGUACUGGAGCAAAGGGAACUCUUGCUAUAUUUUAGCAAAGAGACUGGCUGCAUUUUUCCCUGGCCCUAGAGAUUUGUGGAACUUUGAACUUGAGGGAGAUGAUUUAGGGUAUCUGGCAGAAGAAAUUUCUAAACAACAAAGCAUUCAAGAAGUGACUUGGGUGCAAUUAAAAGCAUUCAGUUUUCAAAAGGAAACAGAGCAUAAAAGUUCAGAAAAUCUGCAGCCUGACAGUGAGAUAGAAAAGAAAAAUCAAUUUUCUGAGGAGAAAUUCAAGCCUGCUACAGAAAUUUGCAUUAGUAACAAGGAGCCAAAUGUUAAUUACUAAGACAUGGGGAAAAUGUCUCCAAGGCAUACUAGAGACCUUUGCAGCAGCACCUCCCAUCACAGGCCUGGACGCCUAGGAGAAAAAAAUGGUUUUGUGGGCAGCCAAGGGUCUCCAUGCUGUGUGCAGUCCUGGACUUGGUACCCUGCAUCCCAGCCACUCUAGCCAUGGAUCAAAGGGCCCAAGGUACAGCUUGGGCCAUGGCUUCAGAGGGUGCAAGCCCCAACGCUUGGCAGCUUCCACAUGGUGUUGAGCCUGCAGGUGCACAGGAGUUAAGAAUUGAGUUUUGGGAACCUCUGCCUAGAUUUCAGAGGAUAUAUGAAAAUUCAUGGAUGUCCAGGCAGAAGUUUGUUACAGGGAUGAGGCCCUCAUGGAGAACCUCUCCUAGAGCAAUCUGGAAGGGAAAUAUGGGGUUGAAGCCCCCACACAGAGUCCCCACUGAGGCACUGCCUAGUGGAGCUGUGAGAAAAGGGCCACUGUCCUCCAGACCCUAGAAUGGUAUAUCCACUGACAGCUUGCACCAUGCACCUGGAAAAGCCACAGACACUCAACACCAGCCUGUGAAACCAGCCAAGAGGUAGGCUAUACCCUGUAAUACCACAGGGGUGGAUCUGUCCAAGACCAUGGGAACCCACCUCCUGCAUCCAGUGUGACCUGGAUGUAAGACAUGGAGUCAAAGGAGAUCAUUUUGGAGCUUUAAGAUUUAACUGCCCUGCUGGAUUACAGACUUUUUUUUUUUUUUUUGAGACGGAGUUUCGCUCUUGUUACCCAGGCUGGAGUGCAAUGGCAUGAUCUCAGCUCACCACAACCUCCACCUCCUGGGUUCAGGCAAUUCUCCUGCCUCAGCCUCCCGAGUAGCUGGGACUACAGGUGUGCGCCACCAUGCCCAGCUAAUUUUUUUUGUAUUUUUAGUAGAGACAGGGUUUUCACCAUGUUGACCAGGAUGGUCUUGCUCUCUUGACCUCAUGAUCCACCUGCCUUGGCCUCCCAAAGUGCUGGGAUUACAGGCGUGAGCCACCGCACCCGGCCUGGAUUUCAGACUUUCACGGGGCAUUUCCCCUUCAUUUUGGCUAACUCCUCCCCUUGGAUUGGGUGUAUUUAUCCAAUGCCUGUACCUCCAUUGUACCUAUGAAGAACUAACUUGCCUUUGAUUUUACAGGCUCACAAACAGAAGGGACUUGCCUUGUCUCAGAUGAGACUUUGGACUGUGGACUUUUGAGUUAAUGCUGAAAUGAGUUAAGACUUUGGUCUGCCCUUGGAAGCUGCUGGCUAAUGUUAAAAAUUUUUAAACAAAAAAAUUUUUUAAAAAGACUUUGGGGGACUGUUGGGAAGGCAUGAUUGAUUUUUAAAUGAGAGGACAUGAGAUUUGGGAGGGUACAAGGAGAGAAUGAUAUGGUUUGGCUAUAUCCCCACCCAUAUCUCACCUUAAACUGUAGCUCCUGUAAUUGUGGGAGGGACCUUGUGGGAGAUAAUUAAAUCAUGGGGGCAGUUUUCCGCAUACUGUCCUGGUGGUAGUGAAUAAGUCUCAUGAGAUCCGAUGGCUUUAUAAGGGGUUUCCCCUUUUGUUUGGCUCUCAUUCUCUCUUGCCUGCUGCCAUAUAAAUGUGCCUUUAGCCUUCCACCAUGAUUGUGAGGCCUCCCUAGCCACGUGGAACUGUGAGUUCAUUAAACCUCUUUUUCUUUAUAAAUUACCCAGUCUCGGGUAUGUCUUUUUCAGCAGUGUGAAAGUGGACCAAUACGCCACUCAUGUACCUUCUUUAUUUUCUCAGUGUGAAAAAUGCCUGAAGAAAGCUUUGGGGCCCCUCACAGAUGCACAACUCAAGUACCGAUUCUAUGACUCAUCUAUCAGCUCUGUUAACUUGAACAAGCUGCUUAACCUUGCUGAGCCUCUGUUUUCUCAUAUGUACAAUGGCGAUAAUAAUGCCUACCUCCCCAGGUUGUUGUAAGAAUUAUAAGCACAAAUGUAUGUAAAGUGCCUGGCGCAAAGUAGGUGCUCAAUAAAAGGUAGUUAUUAUAAUACUA